AAUCCGUUUACAAAGUGCGUGAAGAUAGUGGGGAAGAAGACACGCGCGACGCAUGUGGCGAAUCGAUCAUUUUUCAGAAUCAAAUUAAAAAAGCAGCUGCUUCCCAUAGUUGGCUUGCUAAAUCCUGACUAUCGAUAACCUCCAUCCACAAGGCAAUCUUGAUUCGAAGAAGAAUUAGAAGAAGUUAUGGCUUCCAAGAGGAUCCAGAAGGAACUGAAGGACUUGCAGAAGGACCCUCCUUCUGCCUGCAGUGCUGGGCCUGUUGGUGAAGAUAUGUUCCAUUGGCAAGCCACUAUUAUGGGCCCUCCUGACAGUCCUUAUUCUGGAGGAGUUUUUCUUGUGAAUAUUCAUUUUCCACCAGAUUAUCCAUUCAAACCACCAAAGAUAUCUUUCAAAACUAAGGUUUACCAUCCAAAUAUCAACAGCAAUGGUAGUAUUUGUCUGGAUAUUCUCAAGGAGCAGUGGAGCCCUGCCCUCACAAUAUCAAAGGUACUACUUUCUAUCUGUUCCUUGUUGACUGAUCCAAACCCGAAUGAUCCUCUUGUGCCUGAGAUUGCUCAAAUAUACGAGAGUGACCGGACCAAGUACGAGAACACUGCACAAUCCUGGACUCGUAAGUAUGCAAUGGGCUGAAGUAUCUUGAUUGCAGUUGGGCUGAGCAGCAUUGUUUUCCUAUUGCAGUAGUAGUAAAUUCUAAAAAUUCUAAUCACUUUACUAAAUAUCCUACUUUGGAAGGUCUGAAUUGGUUUUGCUCCUUUGGGCUAAUGUUUUGACUUUUGCGCGUGAUAAAUCAAGACAUUUCUGUAAAUUGUUAGCUUA